AAAGUGAAAGGGGCGGCGGGGCUGGCGGGGCUGGCGGGCCUCGCGGGCCUCACGCGCCGCCCCAGGAAGUCGCGAGCAGGAAGCGCCCGCGGCGGCCGGCCCGGCGGUGGUGCGCGGGCCUGGGCGGCGCAGGGCUUAAAGCGCCGGAAAGUGCCCCAGCCGGUCGCCACCAACCAUCGGGAUCUUUUUCCUCCUUCUCCCACCCUCCUGCCCUCCCAACCCCUGCGGCCACGCUGCCGAUCCUGGUGACCCGGUGACCGAGGCGGUUUGGUCAGGAUUUGCAUCUGAGCCGAGGAUUCGGGCAAGUCCCUCACCCCACCCCCAGAGAACUGAGUCUCUGCCGGAUGGAAGAGGGGAAGAGGGGAACCGAGACCAAACUGGACUUCUCUAUGCACUUUCCAGCCUGUGUGAGCUGCAGGGGCAAGAGGGAGAGACUUGGAGCCAGAUUCGUAACCUCUUUAUGAAGCAUCCUAUUUCGUGACGGAAGCUCCGUGGUCAGUGUGACGUAAAUGGCUCGACUCCCCGUCGGCAUUCGCUUCAUUGUCUCAUUCUCCCGAGACCAGUGGUACCGAGCCUUCAUUUUUAUUUUGACAUUUUUGCUGUAUGCAAGUUUCCACUUAUCUCGAAAGCCUAUCAGCAUAGUUAAGGGUGAGCUCCACAGGUACUGUGCUGCUGUGAAUGAGGGCGAAGUCGAAUUCAACAGCCAGAACCAGAAAGCCGGUGAUGUCCCCCCUCACCAGCGCCCAGACAACGAGACUGACUGCGGCUGGGCCCCGUUUGAUCGGGACAACUACCAGCAGCUGCUCGGGGCCCUGGAUUACUCCUUCCUCUGCGCCUACGCCAUCGGCAUGUACCUGAGUGGCAUAAUAGGGGAGCGCCUGCCUAUCAGGUAUUACCUAACCUUCGGGAUGCUGGCCAGCGGCGCCUUUACUGCCCUGUUUGGAUUGGGGUAUUUCUACAACAUCCACAGCUUUGGAUUCUACGUCGUAACUCAGAUCGUCAACGGACUGGUGCAGACCACCGGCUGGCCCAGCGUCGUCACUUGCCUCAGCAACUGGUUUGGAAAAGGAAGGCGAGGUUUGAUCAUGGGGGUCUGGAAUUCCCACACCUCCGUGGGCAACAUUUUGGGGUCCUUGAUUGCUGGCUACUGGGUGUCCACGUGCUGGGGCCUGUCCUUCGUCGUGCCUGGGGCCAUCGUGGCAGCCAUGGGGAUAGUGUGCUUUCUCUUUCUCAUCGAACAUCCGAGGGACAUCGCCUGCUCUUCUACCUUGACAGCGCAUUCGAAGGGCUAUGAGAAUGGCAUGCACAGACUCAGGCUGCAGAAGCACGUCUUAAUGGAGAAGAACAAGCCUCUGGACCCAGAGAUGCAGUGCUUGCUGCUGUCAGAUGGGAAGCAUUCUGCCCACCAGAACCACACCAUCGUUCUCCCGGCCGACGCCGGGAGCGGUGUGGCGGCCAUCAGCUUCACAGGGGCCCUGAAAAUCCCCGGUGUGAUCGAGUUCUCGCUGUGUCUGCUCUUUGCGAAGUUGGUCAGCUACACUUUCCUCUUUUGGCUGCCGCUGUACAUCACCAAUGUGGAUCACCUUGAUGCCCAAAAAGCCGGCGAGCUGUCCACCUUGUUUGACGUGGGUGGGAUCUUCGGUGGGAUCCUGGCAGGUGUGAUCUCCGAUCGACUGGAGAAGAGGGCCUCCACCUGCGGCCUGAUGCUGCUGCUCGCAGCCCCAACGCUGUACAUAUUCUCCACCAUCAGCAAAAUGGGUCUAGAAGCCACCAUCGCCAUGCUGCUGCUCAGCGGGGCCCUGGUCAGCGGGCCAUACGCACUGAUCACGACCGCCGUCUCUGCCGACCUGGGCACCCACAAAAGCCUGAAAGGAAACUCCCACGCCCUCGCCACUGUGACGGCCAUCAUCGACGGCACCGGCUCUGUAGGAGCAGCCCUGGGCCCCCUGCUGGCCGGGCUCCUCUCCCCGUCGGGAUGGAACAACGUGUUCUACAUGUUGAUGUUUGCGGACGCCUGUGCCUUACUGUUCCUGAUCCGCCUCAUACACAAGGAGCUGAGCUGCCCGCGGUCUGCAAUGGGGAACCAAGUUCCGUUUAAGGAACAGUGAGCUCUCGAGUCCCGUGGAGGGAGGCUGGGCCCGUCCUCCACAUACUGUUCUUCAAGGAAAAGUUCAAAUAAAGGACCCUGUGUUGAAAAGAUUCAUGUACCUUGCCUUUUGCACAUGCACUUGGAAAAGACACAAACGUCGCCGUGAGAAGCCCUGGUGCUGUUUCAGACGAGCCGUGAGCUCAGGACAGCAGCGAGGAGGCCGUGAGCAGGGCUGUCUGCCGAGGCUGAGCCCGGGACAGACGGCUGGGCGAGCGGGCACUCUUGGGGCUUGGCAGCUGCGCCACUGGCACGUGUGACAGCGCGGGCCUGGUGUGACAGCACCGGGCGCCUCGGUCUCUCGGGUGUUUCAGAUGGACUGUGAGGCGGGGAGCACUGCGCCGGCGGGAACCAGGUGCCACCUGGAGGUGCCGUGUAGACAACAGUCAGGAUGCUGCGUGCCUGGAAGGCAGCCAGCAAAGCGCCCGGCCUCUGUGAGGACAGGAGACCCGGCAGCUGGAUCCCACCCACGGCGGAACCUAGACCGUCACGUCCCCCAAAAGACCUGCCCAGCACCUCCUCCUCUGGACCAACCCGAGAACGGACGGUCCAGGAGGGACCAGCGCUCAGGCUGUCUGAGCCUGCCAGGUCGGAGUGCCAGCCCCGGACAUCCGCAGGUGUCCCGCCAUCGGGGCCCCAAGGGCCACAACGCUGCUGGUCCCCUGGGGGUCGCUGGAAAGACGAGGCCAAGCCUGGGAGGGGACAGGUCUCCAGUCCAGCACCUCGUUUCACUGCAGACUCCAGACACCGGACCUGUCUCUAGCCACACAGUGCCGGGGCGAGCUUAUUUAUUUGAAACGUGUUCUAUGCUGUAGAAGUUUCAGAAACACAAACGGCAGUUUAUUAUUUAUUCAGACCAGCUCCAAUUGUCCUCUGACCACUUGUUUUCUCGAUUGUUACCCAGCAAAAUACUUAUGUGCCCUUUGAAAUAAAAUGUUUUU